GCCCUCAAAACUGUCAUGUACUAUGUAUAGUUUAUAUAAUAUAUAGAUAUAUUCCAAUAAACUGGACUAACACUUUAGCUCGUAUAUAGCACGCAGGAUUUGUCAUCUGCAGUGUGACUUGACAAGACAUAUUUAUUAACAUUAUACUGAUUCGUAGUGUGACAGUUUCGUUAUAACAAUUAGCGAACUUUAAGAAAAUCAAACGAAAGCACCAUUCUGAGAAAAAUGUCAAAAAUCGAAGAAGGAAACGCUCAUAUACGACAAGCUGAAAAAAGCUUAAAAACAUCUCUAUUAAAAUGGAGACCUGAUUUCGAGGUUGCGGCCGACGAAUAUACGACUGCAGCAACUUGCUUUAGAAUAGCAAAGUCUUAUCAACAAUGCAGAGAUUGUUUAAUGAAAGCUGCUGAUUGUUAUAAGGAGAAUAGAUCAUGGUUUCAUGCUGCAAAGAGUAUCGAGCAAGCUCUCUUGAUUUGCAAAGAAAUGGGAAAUCUUGCAGAUGUACCAAAAUUGGCACAUAGUGCUUGUUCUUUAUAUCAAACGCAUGGUUCACCUGAAUCAGGUGCAACUGUGCUUGAUAAAGCAGGAAAGAUGGUAGAAGCUACUAAUCCACAAGAUGCUCUAGAAUUAUUUAAACGUGCUGCUAAUAUUGUUAUGGGUGAGGACAGUCCACGUCAGGCAGCAGAAUAUAUGAGUAAAGUGGCAAGAUUGUUAGUAAAAUUACAAAUGUAUGAUGAAGCAGCAGAUGCAGUUCGCAGAGAAAUUGGAAUGCAUCAACAGAUAGAUCAUGCACCUUCUGUUGGUAGAUUAACAGUAGCAUUAGUAUUAGUACAGCUAGCUCGAGGUGAUCAAGUAGCAGCUGAGAAAGCUUUUAAGGAAUGGGGAAAUUAUUGUGAAGCUCCUGAGGUUAAUACUUUAGAAAUGUUAUUGCAAGCUUAUGACAACGAGGAUGCAGAUGCUGCAAGAGCAGCUUUAAAUAGCCCUUUUAUUAAACAUAUGGAUGUGGAAUAUGCUAAACUUGCUAGAGGAUUACCUCUACCUCAACAAGAAUAUACAAUGCCUCCACCCGGAGUACGAGCAAAUGCAGCUGAGUCAUACAAAUCUCCUAAUGCAUCGAAAUUAAUUGAAGAAACUACAAGUGAUAUUCAAAAUAUGAGCAUUAAAGCUGCUGAAACUGCUGCUAAAAUACCAUCUGAAAAUACUGCUAGAACUUCAUCUGAAGAUACUACUAAAGUAUUACCUAAAGAUACAGUUGAAGAAGAAGAGACGCAAGCAGCGCCUUCAAAGAAUAUAGAAAAUGAAGAAGACGAAUAUGAAGGUGGUUUAUGUUGAUUGACUAUAUUUAUUAAAACUAACAUAAUUUAUGUCUUAAAUUAUAAACAGAUUUUAUUUUGUAAGAAGUACUACAUCGUGUUAACUAAGAGAUAUAUAUUUAAUGCCUAAAAAGUAUUUUUCUGUGAGCACGCUUAUAUAUACACACAUAUAUAACUGUAAAUCUUGUUGAAUCAAUUAACAUAUACCUAUUAGCUUAGUAAUGAUAUUUUCAUUGAAAAUAAUAUUUAUACAUGCAUAUUUAAUAUUUUCUGCUUAGAAAUAUUUCAAGAAAUAUAAUACUCGUGAAACAUUUUCACUUAUUUGAAACUUACAGUUAUGUAAAAUAUUUUAAAUAUAGUUCCUUAUACAUAUUAUAACAAAUCCUGUUAUAAAAAAUAAAUAUAUAAUAUAUAUGCAUUUAUGUUACACGAUAUACAAAAUGGCAACUUACA